AUGGCGAGCCACCACUUCCUCGAAGGCAAGAAAAUCAUCGUCGCCGGCGCCGGCAUGGCAGGCCUCGCCUUCGCCACCGCCCUCCGCAAGCACUGGAACCCCGCCCUCCCCUUCCCCUGCCUCCGCAUCUACGAGCGCGACACCAAAGUCACCGCCGUCGGCCGCGAGGGCUUCUCCCUCUCCCUCGCCGGCCAGGACGAGACCGGCGGCCUGUACGCCCUCAUGCAGCUCGGCCUCCUGGACAAGAUUCUCCCGCACGUCAUCCUGGGCCUCGACGGGCCCGGCUGCUUCCGCGUGUGGGACGCCAACUUCGCCACCACGCUGCGCAUCAAGUUGAAUCCCGCCAAGGGUCUCCCGUCGGCGGGUAUACGCAUCGCGCGCAAGGACCUCCGCGGCGUGCUGAUCGAAGCCGGCGAAAACGACGUUGUGUGGGAUGCCGUCUGCCUCGGGGCAAAGAAGCAGGAAAACGGCAAGAUGCUCGUCACCAUCCGAAAAGGGGCCGCGGCCGGCGCCGAGGAGAUCGUCGAGGAAGAGUGCGACUUGCUGCUCUGCGCCGAUGGCGCCAACAGUAAGCUACGCGCUUCGCUACGUCCCGACGACAAACUCCAGUACUGCGGGGCGGUCCAGCUCGGCGGGCUCGCCCGGUUCGAAGACGGACUGCCCGAACCCGUGGGCGAGAACUGGGGAAUGACGACGUCCGGCACUGGCCGCGCGCCCAUCACCGAUCGAUCCUCCGAGGAAGAGCGCCGUGCCGUCGUGGAGGAAGGCGCCAAGCUCGGCUCCAUGUUUUCCGAGCCCUUCCCAUCCAUCAUGAGAGCUACGGACGUGGAUACCGUAUUUGCUAUGCCGGCCCGAGACAAACAACCGUUUCCUCACGACCUCAAGGGCGGGCCGGUGGUUUUCCUCGGCGACGCAAACCACGCCGUGAGCCCGUUCGCCGGGUAUGGCGCGAGCCUCGCGCUCAAGGAUGGUUGGGACCUUGCCGAGCAGAUAUGCAAGGCCUCCACGCUCGCGCAGGCGCUUCAGCACUAUGACAAGAUUAGCAUCCCGAGAGCGCAAAAGAGCCUCGAUACUGCGCAUGGCAGGAUUCGGGACUUUCACAGUACCGGCAUCCGGUUUUACUUUGUCAAGUUUAUGAUGACUCUUGCCGGCUUCAUGUUUCGUUUGACUGGUAGAGGCUAG